CAUUUUACUCCUCCUCGCCAUCUCGUUUUCCAACCUUUUACAGGUUCGCGGGCUCUCUCGUCUUUCUCACUAACACACUUCUGUUUAUCCAUCACUUCGAGUACUGAUGGUGCCCUGAAUCUUGGACCAUUGAGGAAUUAAUUGAGAAGGGAACUAUAAGGGAAUCGGCGUGAUAUUGGAAAACAGGAGUGGAUCUGAUAUAAGAUAGAGAAAUAAGCAAGAUGAGUGCGGAUCUGGUGGCUGUAACCACACACGGAAAUCUGGACGAGCAGAUUGCUCAGCUCAUGCAGUGCAAGCCCUUGUCCGAACCCGAGGUCAGGGGCUUGUGCGAGAAGGCUAAAGAGAUAUUAAUGGAGGAGAGUAAUGUCCAGCCUGUAAAAAGCCCUGUGACAAUUUGUGGUGAUAUUCAUGGUCAAUUUCAUGAUCUUGCUGAACUUUUCCGCAUUGGAGGGAAGUGUCCGGAUACAAAUUAUCUAUUUAUGGGAGAUUAUGUAGAUCGUGGGUACUAUUCUGUUGAAACUGUAACUCUUUUAGUGGCUCUGAAAGUGCGCUAUCCUCAACGGAUAACAAUUCUUAGAGGAAAUCAUGAAAGUAGACAGAUUACACAAGUCUAUGGAUUUUAUGAUGAAUGCCUGCGGAAGUAUGGAAAUGCUAAUGUUUGGAAGAUAUUCACAGAUCUGUUUGACUAUUUCCCACUGACUGCAUUGGUUGAAUCAGAAAUAUUUUGUCUGCAUGGUGGAUUGUCCCCCUCUGUUGAAACUCUUGAUAAUAUAAGAAACUUUGAUCGUGUUCAAGAAGUUCCACAUGAAGGUCCGAUGUGUGAUUUAUUGUGGUCUGAUCCAGAUGAUCGUUGCGGUUGGGGCAUCUCCCCUCGUGGUGCUGGAUACACGUUUGGCCAGGACAUUUCGGAGCAAUUCAAUCAUACCAACAACUUAAAGCUAAUUGCUAGAGCUCAUCAGCUUGUUAUGGAGGGAUAUAACUGGGCCCAUGAACAAAAGGUUGUCACUAUUUUUAGUGCACCAAAUUAUUGCUAUCGCUGUGGAAAUAUGGCAUCCAUUUUGGAAGUUGAUGACUGCAGAGAGCAUACAUUUAUCCAGUUUGAGCCAGCUCCACGAAGAGGGGAACCUGAUAUUACUCGAAGAACACCUGAUUAUUUCUUAUAGAGCUGAUAGUUACUGACUUGAUGUUCGCAUGGUGAUUAAUUGGAGUUGAUUACAUGUCCUCCACUGAGAGUUGAGCUUCUCAAUUUACUGGGCCCUUUUGAAAGUGGAAAGUCAUGUAAAAUGCUAGAUAUGGUUCUAUGUUAGAGUGGUCCUUGGAAGUUAGUGAUAGUGAUGCUAUAUUGUAUCAUUUCAAAUAUUUUUUGUUGAUGUUAUUUUCUUCCUUUUAGUAUUUUUUUUUUUUGGGUUCUUGAUUUUCUUCUUAAUUUGCAAAUGGUUGGAAAAAGGUGUUCUGUAGAAGUAAUGAAGAGUUUAAUUCAGUCGCUUGCUAUAAAUCUCUCUUGUCAAUCUUGACUGAAUUGUACGGCGAUCAUUCUAAUUAGCGUACAAUAUCUUGUUUACUGUU